AUGGAGACUAUACUCACCGAGCCACAGAAAUUCCAACGCAUGAAGGCCCAAAAUGUCCCCGAAACGGAUCCCGAGUAUAUCAAAGCCCAUCGUUUCCUCACUGCAGUCCAACAGCAGCAGAACUACCGCAAGAUGGCUGCCAUGCAGCAGGCUCAAAAGCAGCAGCAGCAUCAACUUCAAGCUCAACAGCAACAGCAACAUCAGCAGCAGGCGCAACAGCAGCAGGCACAACAGCAGCAGGCACAACAGCAGCAGGCACAACAGCAGCAGGCACAACAGCAGCAGGCACAACAGCAUCAGCAACAGCAGGCGCAUCAGCAUCAUAACUCACCUCAUGCUCAACAGGUGAAUGGAAACUCAGGCACCCCCACAGCCAAUGGCACUGCUACCGGACAGACUGACACUGCUGGUGCUCCUGUGAAUGGGACGACCUCGACUGGACCUAAUCAGACUGCAGUGACGAAUAAUGCGCAAGGCGCGGGAACACAGGCGCAACGCGUGGUCUCGCAAAACAAUGGAAGCUUCACGCCGGAGCAGUUGAAUCUGUUGAGGACGCAAAUCUACGCCUUUAAGAUGCUCUCGAAAAACAUCGCACUUCCAGUGAAACUCCAGCAGCAACUGUUCCCUUCCGCGAAGCAGCAGGUAGCUACACCGUCCGAUGCUGCUGCGGGUGGCGAAAAAGUGUCCGAGAACACUGCAGAGCAAAAGGAGGUGCUUACAAGCGAGCUCGCCCGUGCAAAAUCUUUCUUCGAGACCUACCAAUCCCCUUACGACAUCCUUGGCCAAACGAUAGGCUACGCAGAUCACACGCAGCGCUCGAAGCGGGUGAAGAUCCCGAGUAUCCUGCCGAUCAGUGUCGAUAUUGAUCAGGUCCGCGAAGAACAAGAACGACUUGUCUAUAAUCGGGUCCAGGCUCGCAAGGCAGAGCUAGCCUCCCUUCCGGCCAACAUCGGUUCCUGGGACACAAGUAAACCAGCCGAUCCGACCGUUGAUCACACAUUGAAGAUCAAGGCCUUGAUUGAGUUCAAGAAGCUGUCCUUGCUCCAGAAACAACGCGAGCUCCGCCACGAGAUCCAGCAGGAAUUGUAUCUUUACGAUAAUCUCGCCAUGACUGCAAAUAGAUCGCUGCAUCGCAGAAUGAAGAAGCAAUCGCUCCGCGAGGCUCGUAUUACCGAGAAACUUGAAAAGCAACAACGCGAUGCAAGAGAGAACAAGGAGAAGACCCGCCAGACCAAUCACCUGCAAUCCAUCAUUGCGCACGGUCAAGAAGUCCGCAACAAUGCCAUCAGCCAACGAGGUCGGAUCCAGAAACUGGGUCGCACAAUGAUCACGCAUCAUCAGCACAUGGAGCGUGAAGAACAGAAGCGAAUCGAGCGCACCGCCAAACAGCGUUUGCAAGCACUGAAGGCCAACGAUGAAGAGACCUACUUGAAGCUUCUCGGACAGGCCAAAGAUUCCCGUAUCACUCACCUCCUCAAACAGACGGAUGGCUUCCUGCAGCAGCUUGCCGCAUCUGUGAGGGCGCAACAACGCAUUGCUGCCGAGGCCUGGAAAGGAGAGGACAAAUACUUGGACGAGCAAGAGGAAGAAGACGAGUCCGGAGACGAGGACGGCCAAGGCAAGGUCGACUACUAUGCUGUCGCUCAUCGCAUCAAAGAAGAAGUCAACGAGCAGCCUGCGAUGCUGGUCGGCGGUACGCUGAAAGAGUAUCAGCUCAAAGGUCUGCAGUGGAUGAUAUCUCUCUUCAACAACAAUCUUAACGGGAUACUGGCCGACGAAAUGGGGCUGGGCAAGACCAUUCAAACCAUCAGUCUGAUUACCUAUCUCAUCGAAAAGAAGCGACAGAAUGGUCCCUUUUUGGUCAUUGUUCCUCUCAGCACCCUCACCAACUGGAAUAUGGAGUUUGAAAAGUGGGCGCCAUCGGUUAACCGGAUCGUGUAUAAAGGGCCGCCGAACACUCGGAAACAGCAACAGAUGAGGAUUCGCCAGGGCAACUUCCAGGUGCUGCUGACGACAUACGAAUACAUUAUUAAAGAUCGCCCCGUUCUCAGCAAGAUCAAAUGGGUCCAUAUGAUUGUUGACGAAGGUCAUCGCAUGAAAAACGCCGAGUCAAAGCUGAGCAGCACUCUCACGCAAUACUACACGACACGAUAUCGCUUGAUCUUGACCGGUACGCCCUUGCAAAACAACCUUCCUGAGUUGUGGGCCCUGCUCAAUUUCGUGCUGCCUACGAUCUUCAAGUCGGUCAAGUCGUUCGACGAAUGGUUCAAUACUCCUUUUGCCAACACUGGUGGUCAAGACAAGAUGGAGUUGACCGAAGAAGAACAGUUGUUGAUCAUUCGCCGUCUCCACAAGGUGCUGCGGCCAUUCCUCCUCCGUCGUCUCAAGAAAGAUGUGGAAAAAGACCUUCCCGACAAACAAGAGCGUGUAGUCAAGUGCCGCUUCUCUGCCCUUCAAGCCAAGCUUUACAUGCAACUGAUGACACACAACAAGCUGGCCGUGACAGACGGGAAAGGUGGCAAGACUAGCAUGCGUGGUCUCAGCAACAUGUUGAUGCAGCUGAGGAAACUUUGCAACCAUCCUUAUGUCUUCGAACCCGUGGAAGAUCAAAUGAAUCCUGGCCGAGGCACCAAUGACUCUAUUUGGCGGACAUCCGGCAAGUUCGAGCUCCUCGAUAGGGUUCUACCCAAGUUUCGUGCGACGAACCAUCGGGUAUUGAUGUUCUUCCAAAUGACGCAGAUCAUGAACAUCAUGGAGGACUUUUUGCGGCUGCGAGGAAUCCCAUAUCUCCGUCUUGAUGGUGGUACAAAGGCUGAGGACCGUUCCGAACUGCUUCGCCUGUUCAACGAACCAGGGUCGCCGUAUUUCUGCUUUUUGCUUUCGACUCGUGCCGGUGGAUUGGGUCUGAACUUGCAAACUGCAGACACUGUCAUCAUCUACGAUUCAGAUUGGAAUCCCCACCAGGAUUUGCAGGCCCAGGAUCGUGCACAUCGAAUUGGACAAAAGAACGAAGUGCGUAUCCUGCGACUCAUCAGCUCGAACUCGGUGGAAGAGAAAAUCUUGGAGCGCGCUCAGUUCAAGCUUGACAUGGAUGGCAAGGUUAUUCAGGCUGGUAAAUUCGAUAACAAGUCGACCAACGAAGAACGUGACGCGUUCCUGAAAACCUUGUUGGAAUCUGCCGAGGCCGCUGAGCAGGCUGGGGACAGCGAGGAAAUGGACGACGACGAUCUGAACGAGAUUAUGGCUCGGAAUGAAAACGAGUUGGUGCUUUUCAAACAGAUGGACAAAGAUCGUCUCGACAACGACCUGUAUGGACCUGGACGGCCGCUUCCUCGGCUGAUGUGCGAAGAUGAACUUCCGGAGAUCUACAUGGCCGAAGACAACCCGGUCCAAGAGGUCGAGGAAGAGUACGCCGGUCGCGGUGCUCGUGUCAAGACACAAGUCAAGUACGAUGAUGGUCUUACGGAAGAGCAAUGGCUGGCUGCUGUCGACGACUCUGACGACUCUAUCGGCGAAGCGGCGAAGCGGAAGGCUGCACGCAUUGACAAGAGACGGUCGAACAAGCAGAAACGAGAACGUGACGCCGCGGGUGGUGCUUCCUCGCCGGAAGAAGCCGAAAGCUCUGAGGAAGAGCCUCCGCCUAAGAAGAAGGGACCGCGCAAGUCGGCCGGCCAGAAGCGCAAAGGGGAUGAUAUCGAAGAGGAGACGCCGGCGCCCAAGAAGAAGCGUGGCAGGCAACCGAACAAAGUGGCUUCGGACCCGCUCACGAGUGCCGAACGAAAUGCCCUACAGAAAGCACUGAAGUCCAUCUUCCAGUCGAUCAAAGCGCUGGAAGUGCCGGAUUCCGACCCCGAGGAUCAAUCUGAAGACGAAAGCGACGAGGAGCCACCCACACGAUUGGUCAUUGGUCCCUUCCUGGAGCUACCGCCGAAGAAACUGUAUCCCGAUUACUACAACUUCAUCCAGGAGCCCAUCGCGAUGGACAUCAUUGAGAAACGGAUCAACAGUUACCAGUACACGAGCCUGAAUGACCUAAGCAGGGAUAUUGCUCUUUUGGCCAAGAACGCCAAAACAUACAACGAAGACGGCAGCAUGAUCUACAAUGAUGCGAUUGCCAUUGAGAACUUCUGCAACGAAGCGAUCGCGAGGCAAAUUGCCCAGCACCCUAUCCUUGGGAACGUUGGACAGAGGGCUCAUCCGGAUGGCGACUCUACCGCAGCAGCAUCGAGUGCCGGCACACCCCAAGGAUCUGUCGCCCCUUCAGGAGGGACCAAACUAAGACUGACAUUGGGGGCUGGCGGGAGUGGAAACGCCACGAAUGGCACGACCAGCCGAGCUGCCAGCGGAACGGAAUGA